AUGCCGCAGCCCCAUACCGAGGACAGAUUGACAUUUCAAACUAUGUUUGUGGUUGGAAUUUCAGCGGCAAUUGCUUUUUAUGCUGGUCUAUAUUUCAAUCAUGGAAUUAAUCGGCAGCCACUUGAUGCAGUGAAUAACACCAAACUUACCAUCCAUCAUCAGCUUAAUACCGGUCAUGAUGAAUAUGACAUCGUUCUUGUUACCGAUCUAGACCAUGACAGCAAAGAUGGAAAAAAGUGGAAAAGUAUUGUGACUCGUGGAAGAAUUACGCUCUCUCCAGAUCAUACACAUGGAUCAGUACAAUUUAGCAGAAAUUCUGAAUACUUUGUGAAUACACAGAUCGCAGCUGGAGGGCGUGCCAUGGAGCUUUCCGAUCUUGCGGUUUUUGACGGAAAACUGCUCUCGAUUGACGAUAGAACAGGAAUGAUCUAUCAACUUGAUGGGCAAAAGGCAAUUCCAUGGGUUUUUGUGAACGACGGUGAUGGCAAAGUAGAGAAGGGUUUAAAGGGAGAAUGGAUGACUGUUAAAGGAUCUGAGCUAAUUGUCGGCGGUCUUGGAAAAGAAUGGACUACUACUGAGGGAGAGUAUGUCAAUGAUCAUCCGAUGUGGAUCAAAAGAAUCUCUCCUUCUGGAGCAGUUCGUCACGAAAAUUGGAAGGAUGUAUUUAUUAAGAUCAGAAGAGCCGCCGGAAUUGAAUACCCUGGAUACAUGAUUCACGAAGCUGUUCAAUGGUCUGACAUUCAUAAGAAAUGGUUCUUCUUACCGCGAAGAAUGUCCAACGAAAAAUAUACCGAGGCUGAUGACGAGAAUAGAGGAACUAAUGUGAUGAUCAUUGCUAACGAAAAUUUUACCGACUUCAAUGUGGUUCGAGUAGGUGCCGGUGAGUAUACGUCGCGGGGAUUUUCGGCAUUCCAAUUCAUACCAAACACCGACGACCAAGUCAUUAUUGGCAUCAAGUCGGAAGAAAAGGACGGCAAACCAGUUGCGAGCUAUGCCUCAAUCUUCACCAUCAACGGUCGAAUUAUUGUCGACGAUGUCAAACUAAACGGGCCGCAUAAAUAUGAGGGUGUUGCUUUUGCCUAA